UGUAUAUGUCCAAUCCAAACAAACGUUUGAGUACAAAAUGGACGCUUGUUGGGCUGUUGAUAAAGAACUAGAGAGACUGUUUGAAAAAUAUUCAUCAGCUACGGAUAGGACACAAAAAACCUUGGAUGAUUUUAUUGCCUCAUUAAGAUCUUUCAUAAAUGAACUUUCUGAAAGAACAUCAGAUGAACUAAUUACAGAAGGUGCCAGGGCAUCAGUAGUUGAAUUUAUUGAUCGUGCAAAGAGUGUUUCAAAUAGUGUUAGUACUUGUCACAAAGAUCUUCAUGGCUCUGUAUCUAAGCUAGGAAAAACAAUUGACAGAAAUUUUACAUCUGACUUUUCCUCUGUUAUCACUGAGGGUGCUUUUGAUGGUGAAUGGCGGCAGACACUGUUGAAUGAAGUCAUUUGUGAACAUUUCCUGAGACAGGGCAUGCUUGAUAUUGCUGAAAGUCUAAAUGAGGAUGCCAGCUUAGAACUGUCUCAGGAAAGAAAAGAGCCAUUUUUAGAGUUGCAUCGAAUACUUGAAGCCUUGCGACAACAUAUCUUAGAACCAGCAUUAGACUGGGCAGAAAGAAACAGAGAUGAACUGAAUAGAAAAAAGUCACCUUUGGAAUUCAAACUACACAGAUUGAGAUUCAUUGAGCUUAUAAAACAUGGAUCUAUGAAACAGAUAGAAGUGUUGCAGUAUGCUAAAAAACUUGCACCAUUUGCAGAACUACACACCAAAGAUAUGCAGCUGUUGAUGGGAUCUCUGCUAUAUCUUAACAAUGGAAUUGAAAAUUCAACAUAUUCAUUUUUAUUUGAAGACUCAAGCUGGAUAGAAAUCUGUGAUAUUUUUACCAGAGAUGCCUGUGGCCUACUUGGUUUAUCAGUUGAAAGUCCUCUUAGUGUUGGGAUUAAUGCAGGUUGUAAAGCUCUGCCUCCAUUGUUAUCUAUUCGUCAAGUCAUGCAGUCCAGACAAGUUGCUGGUGUAUGGAGUAGUAAAGAAGAACUACCGGUUGAAAUAGAUCUGGGACAAGAUUACAGAUUUCACUCCAUAUUUGCUUGUCCCAUUCUAAGACAGCAGAGCACAGAGCAGAACCCACCUAUGAGACUUACCUGUGGUCAUGUGAUAUCCAAAGAGGCCUUGCAUAAGCUUGUUGUAGGCAACACAAACAGAUUCAAAUGUCCCUACUGUCCAGUGGAAAUGACUACUGCAGAAACUAAACAGAUUUAUUUUUAAGUAGCAUUUACAGGGAUAUGGUAUCAUUAGUCAUCAUAACGUGAGAAUUUCUGAAGUAUUUGAAGUAUGUCACCUUCACCGAAAUUGACUUCAAUUCACUGCCUUUAGUGAUGCUCACCAUUUUGUUCUGUUAGUUAGUCAAUGAAUCUCAGAUGAAUUUUUUAAAUUUUUAUCUUGAUGUUUAGAUUUUAUAAGUGAUGAAAUCUUUAGAAAAAACUGGGAAAAAAAAAUAUUGUUAAAAUAGAUAAAUAGAAGAAUUAGGAUAGAUCCUUAUGUAAUAUUUCUCAGUAUUGUUUUAUUUUUUUUUUUUCUUGUGUAAUUUCGGUCACAUAAGAAAAAAAGAGUAUGUUAAUAAUUCUUUUUAUAAUUUUGUAUAAACAGUUGUUAUUAUGUAGAGCAUUUUAAAUUACAUUUUGUGUUGUUGUUUUUUUUCUUACAAAAAAAAAAUCUGAGUGUACAUUUUGAUUGCAAAAGAUAUGUUCAUCCCAUAAAAUAACAAGAACUUUUUAUCUUUUUUUUUUGUUCCAUGCUUUUUUUAAAAUUUAGAUUACCAUACUAGAAUAUCGGUCCAUUGUUUUGUUAUAUAGUUUUAAUUGCCAGUUUGCCUUUAAUCAUUGUCAUUAUAGUUUUCAAAAUGUCACUUGGUAAAACACCUUCAAUUUUAUCAUCUCACUUAAGGCUUUAAAAAAUGUCAAGUUUUCUUUUUAUGUGCAUCAUUGUUGUAAAUGAUAUUACAGUUCUAAAGCCAGUUGUACACAGGGCCUAAUGUUGUGGUAAGAAUAGUAAGUUACAAAGAAUUGUGUUUAUUUUCUAACAUUUUUAUAUUAAUUAUUAUGUUUAUCUUUUUAGUAAAAGUAAAAUAGGAAUUCACAUUACUCUUCUGGGCACAGAAAGUGCUAAGAUUUUUUUUACCAUUUUCUUGUACCAGUUGUCCUCAAACACCCCCCCCCCCCCUUUUUUUUUUUUUUUUUUUUAAAUCUCAUUCACUUAAAAAACAAAUUAUGUUAUUAACAUUUGAAACAUAAUUUGAAUGUUGGCUCAUAUUUCAUUGUUUUGCACACAUUUCUUUUGAUUGUCCACGACACAUGAGAUUAUCAUUGUUUAGUGUGAACAUUAAAAUAAAAAAAAAUGUACAAGAUCUAAUUGUGUUGUGCAUCAAUUCAUUAGCUCAGCCAAUUCUUUUUGCUGUCAAGCACUGUUUUUUAUUUAGUGUCUCAUUUUGCAAAACCUGAUUUUAAAAUGUUUUUUUUUUUUAGCAAUAGUAGUAUCAUAAUAGGCUUCAAAAUUUUGAAAAGUCUAGUUAAACUAAUUUGAAGGGUAUUACAUUAUAGAUAAUUGCAUUAACAUUUUUUUAACUUCCAUUUGUAUAUUAAUUUAUUUUGUGAUUGUUUCAUUGAAAAACAAUUAAGGUGAUAACCUAAUUUAUUGCACUGUGUUUUUGUUAUGUUAUUGAUGAAAGUAAAAUAUGCUUAAAGCAAAAGUAUAAAUAUUUGUCCGAAGGUUUAAUGUUAAGUAAAAAAAUAUAUGUAUAUAUAUAUGUUAUGGGUAUUUGUAUAUUGUUGUGCUACUUUUAAACUUCUGGGAAAAUUUUGGCUUCUAAGUUUAGUGAUUAAAUUAUUAUAAAGUUGAUCACACUUCUUUGUAAUUGCAUUUACAGAUUAUUAGUGUGCCAUCUUACGAGUUAUUUCCCCCCCCCCCCCCCCCCCCCC